AUGGCAGGAUUGAAGAUUUAUAAAUUUGUAUUGGUCUUUUUAACGGUUACCAGCCUUAUUGGUGGUAACGUUUUAGGAACCGACGUUGCUCAAGAGGUUGAGCCUCAAGAAGUUGAGGUAGAAGAACCCCAAGUCUCUGAGGAAGUUGAGGUAAAAGAGCCUCAAGAAACCAAAGAAGAUGUCAGCUCCAGUAUUUAUAGCUCCACAAACUGGAGGAAUGGACAGUACUCGGAAGAAGACCUUGAAAAACUAAUUGAUCAUAAGGUGUACAUAACGUGGUGGACUAGAAAUUUCAAUAAGAAGGCGGUAGAAGGAAUAAAACAGGGUGAAUUAAAGCGUAGGCGAGUUGCGUUGGUAGCCGCCAUCCAACAUUUCGACGAAUUACUCGAACAGCUGCCUGAGGGGUUAGCUAAGGAAGCUGGAGUAUACCCUACCUUGCGCCACCUGCCUGAAAGUGUUGCCAAGAAAAUUGAUGCCUUCUUCGAAGAGCAACGUUUUGAAAAACUAAAAGAGUAUAUGCCGGAAGAACUAGCUAAAAGGGCCGCCAAAUACAAUUCCGAUGGUGAAAUGCCGCUUGCUCUUGUUAAGGAAAUUUAUGAAAACCGUAACAGGCAAAUGUUUGAUGAUUUUGUCAGCAGGCUUCCAAGUCACCUUGCUUCUGAGGUUGAAGCCUAUUCAUCGAUUGCUGAGAUCCCUGAAGGGUUGAUGAAUAAAAUCAGCGAAUACAGCACAAAGAAGCAAAUAGAUGAUUUAUGCCAAAAGCUUCCUGCUGACCUUGCUGAGGAAGUUGGAAAGUACUCAUCUCUUUCUGACAUCCCAGAAGAGCUUGACGAGAAAAUCGAUUGGGAACUGUUCAAUACAGAAUGA